AAUUGGUUAAAGAACAAGGAUUCGAUUAUCAAAAGUUAUGGAAAGAGAUGGUUCCGGUGGCCUGGUCGACCAUAAUCUCCCGUCAGGGUAGCGCCACAUGUUAUCAAAUUGUAGCUCACAAGAACACGAACUUAUUCGAUCGUGCCGCAAUAAUUCCACAAAGAUUUGUCGCUUAA